CAUACCAUACAACAUCUGAUGACAAUCGAUUUAUUUGAUGUUAUAGGCUAGACACUAAAAAUGACUGCAGUGUAGAUUGCACUAUCGCUCAUAAAUCCAGAAGUAAUUGUUUUUUAAUGUAGGCCGUCUUGUGCUUCUUCACAUUUCACGAUUGGCCAACAUCAUCCCAACAUCGAGAAUGCGCACAGAUCUGAGCUGAAAGCCUAGUUUGACAAAUAUAUCACAUAACUGCUAUAGUAGUAUCACUUGACGUAUACUCCUGAGUCAAGGCUUUGUGUAGCCGCGAUAUGUCUAGAUAGCCUAGAUAUGUCUAACGUGCUUCGUAGUAUACCUCACAGGGGACCCAUUUGUUUGUUUAUGUCUUAGGCUACUGGUUUAUGUAUGUUCUAUGUACCACACUGGUUGCCCAGUAAGCUAGUACGGGUGUGCUGGUGUCUUUCGCUGCUCCUUCUGGGAUGCUGUUUGUGUGAAACGCUUUGAAGUACACUUUGUGCAUGACAAAUGUGCUAUAUAGUAAAAAUACUUUACUUAUUCCAAUGGCAAACAGGGAAAUGUGGGAUGGACAGGAAAUCACAAUCAACACCCCCCCCCCAUAGCAACAUGGGGUUCGAGUCUCUAGAAUGUGUUACACAUGUCUGCAGAAAGAAAUGCCCUAUGGUCAUAUGCUCGUAAUGUUCAUGAGUGUAAUUUGUCUUUUAAAGCUUUGUUUACUUCAGCUAUUUGAACUGCCAAAUGUUGGAUGUUAUUUUGUCUAUGCUUUGCCCCUAUAAGCUUCCUCUAGAAGACAGCUCUUUGGAUCGCUUGCUUCUGUGAGCACUGCAGUGUCCUAUCGGCCAAGUGUGCGCCCUAGCAACCCUCCCUCAGUGUUUCUCGCCAGUGUUGGGAGGAAGGGAGGGAGGGGUGUGUUCUCCAGGGUCUGUCAGCACAGUGGCCCCGCCCCUUCCUCUCCCUCCACCAGUCCCUCUGCUCAGUCGCAGGCUGACCCUAAACUCUCGCCAGUGUGCGCUUGGAUCCUCCUCGGCUUCACAGCCUGGCUCGUCCUUGCCGCCUGUCCGUCAUCUCCAUGGGGGCCCCUACAGGGCUUCUGCCUUUCCUGUCUUUCCUCCUGACGCUGCGUUCAGGGUUUGCUGGUGAACCUUGCAGGGGAUUCCAGCACUUGGAGAACGGACGCACGUUCUUCCGUUUCAAAGGAUUGUACGUCACGUUCACCUGCAAUCCAGGGUUCCGGAUCCAUGGCCAUCCCACAAGCAGCUGUGUGUCAGGCCAGUGGGCGAGAGAGCCUCCCGUGUGUGUAGCCUCCGGAUGUCCCAGCCCUGGUGGGGUUCAACACGGCAGCAGUGAUGUUAAUGAGGACCGCUCAUUUGUGGCCUUCAGCUGUGAUGAUGGCUACAGGCUCUAUGGCAGUUCACUUCUCUACUGCAAGGGCAAAACGUGGAGCAACCCAAAGCCUGUUUGUAAAGAGUCAGAUAUUAUGAGCUCCUUCAAACAGAAACCUGUCAUCCUGUCCAGUUCUAAUACGGAGAAGAACCCAAGACCUCAAUCCAACCUGAAAGACCAUUUAAAGUCUCACCACAACACUGCCUCUAAGGAGGCCUACCUGCUGGUUGGCUCCCUACCCAAGUCCCACCUCUCUGAAAGACUGCUGUUGAAGCCCAAGAUGGCACCACUACAGAGGAAACCUGUGAAGAAGCAGUGGCUUCAGAAGACGGCAGCACACAGGGAAUUGAGCCCUGGGGUCUGGAAUCUGGAAGCCACUGAGAAACUCACUCUACCCCAGCAGAUGGUGAGCACUGCUAGCCUCUCAACACCUGGCUCUGUCUCCAUCUCACCCACAGUGACACCUCCUGUGUCGCCAGCCACGGGCACCAGGUUCGCCGAGUCCAAAAUAGAUGGCCAGGCACCUAAGAGGUCCGACGCUGGUCCAACAAGAGCUGACGCACUGCUGCAAAAUCAAAGUGAAGGGGAGGACGACCCAUCUUCUACAGCACAAGGCCCACCAGAAACACACACAGGUGGACUCCUGUCUGUUGAUUCAAAAACUUCAACACAGACUCAAAUAUCGGAUGGGUUCCUGAAUACAAGAAAACCUGUCAUUCUCAGUACACCAACACCACAUCUGAGUGUGAAUGUUAUGUCGGUCACCAGCACCUCUGCUUAUGCAGAAACGACUGUGGAUUCCCAAAGUAAAUACCCCCCAAAUCUUCCUACUCCCUACAGUCAGCACAGUGCUGUAAUGACCACAGAUCACCUUUCUGAGUAUUUGAUGGACAGACUAGAGGGUCAUCCAAAUACCAGGCAAACGGUACUCAGUUUAGGUGACCAGCCACCCGUGCUGCCAGUGGCAGAGAAUAACACAGAGGACGUCACACAUGAAGAGGACGUCCUACAUGAAGAGGACGUCCUACAUGAAGAGGACGUCGCACAUGAAGAGGACGUCGCACAUGAAGAGGACGUCGCACAUGAAGAGGACGUCGCACAUGAAGAGGACGUCGCACAUGAAGAGGACGUCGCACAUGAAGAGGACGUCGUACAUGAAGACGCUAAAGAGCUGUGGGAGCCACCAGAGAAUGAAGGAAUCGCGCACGUUGCAGUGACCAGGUCUGAAAACCAGUCUCCAGUCUCUGGAGCUGCAGUGCCUUCUGUUGCCCCAGCAGCCUCCAGACUGACCUCAGACCUGUCCCCGUGCUCUUCAGACCCCACGCCCAUCAGCGGCACGUCCCCUCUCCUCACUGAUCCAGGUGCUGAGGGGCUCCGGUCGCAGGGGGGUCCACCAGGACAGACCAGCUGGGGGUUACGGCCGCGGGUCGAGGUGCAAACAGGGGCCACCCGCCCACGGCCCGUCCAAUCAGAGGCUGAGGCAGCAGAAGGGACGCGUGCGUCAGCGCUGAGACUUGCUAGUCAACAGACGUGCACACACAGCACCUCACCAAGUGCAAAUGCGCAAAUUGCCCCAGCCACAAAAGCUGACGGGCCUAAGGGCAGCAUGGAGGCUCCUUUGAACUUUGACCCCAAACAUGGCCAUAAAGAAUCCCAUCGACCUGAACAGGACCCUGUUACUGUGACUCCACUGGACUCGUUACAGAGAACACAAACGCUCCCAACCAACAGUUCUAGCAGCCAAUCACAUGCAGGAUACAGCCUGGCACUUUCUAGCUCUGGAGACACUCCAAGCGUUGCACCCUCUCCUCAUCUAGAAGCUUCCACCAAAGCCCGUCCGUCUGCGCUGCCAAUCAGAAGAGGGAGGCCAGUGUGUCCGUACCCUCCACUGCCCGCCCACGGGACCUUCUAUUUCCGUACGAUCGAGAAGCCGGGCCAGCUGCAAUACAGGCACUACAUCCAGUACGCCUGUUACCCUGGCUACACGCUGGCCAAUGGGGACGUGCACAGCUACUGCCAGCAGAAUGGCACAUGGAGUGGAACUACGCCAGCAUGCCUGGAGGUGACGCCAUGCGCGCUGAAUAACGGCGGCUGCUCUCAGCUGUGCGGCGCUGGACCACAACAGCGGGCACUGUGCCAGUGCAGACCGGGCUUCAUGCUGCUGGAGGACCUGCGCACCUGCAGAGAUAUAAAUGAGUGUGUGGAGGAGCGCCACCAGUGCCAGCAGGUGUGUGUCAACACACUCGGCUCCUUCAGGUGCAGCUGUAGAACAGGGUUCCAGCUGAACACAGACGGACACACUUGCAUGGACAUAAGUGAGUGUGUGUCGUCAGGGAAGCCAGCGUGUGAGUGGAAGUGUGUAAACCUAUCAGGAUCUCACCACUGCGUCUGCCCAAGAGGGUUCCGACGGCACACAGAUGGACGCGGAUGCAUUGAUAUUGAUGAAUGCAAGUCCAGUAAUGGAGGCUGCUCCCAUAGCUGCAAAAACAUGCGAGGUGGCUACAAAUGUGUCUGCCCAGUAUCUCAUCGUAUGUCUCCGACCAACCGGAAAAAAUGUCUGGCCAAUAACAAUGGGGCGCAGCCUUCCUGAAAUCUCUACUUCUAUAACAUUUCUCUGAAACUCAUUCUAAUAAAAAAAAUAAAUAAAAAAAACACA